AUGCAGAUGAACUUGUAUUUUUCACUUGCGAAUGAAGACUUUGAAAGCUUGCUUGGAAGCCAAAACCUGGUAAUUGAGGCCGACAUCUUCCUCGAGGAACAGAAUUCUGAUGUAACAAAAAUUGUACAAAAUGCUAUGCAGCGUUAUAUCGAUGACCAUAAAAAUUCUUCAGAUUUAAGUUUGAAGCUUAUCAAGUACAACAGAUUGAUAUCUGAUAUAUUGGGCUUAAAUCGAGAGAUGGGUUUAAAUUACAACCAAUCGAGUUCGCUGCACGUGGCAAUUUUAGUUCACAUUUCGAGUCAUGAAAUGAUUUUGUCUUCCAUCCUGGAAAGUUCACAUGUUCUAACAGUUGGUCUUUUCCAAACGAACGAAAUGUCUAGAACACAGGAAAAUCCAGCUUAUUUUACCAGAGUAGCAUCCCCAUCGAUGAUACACUACGCUUGUACCAUCCGAGAUCUGGUACAAAAAAUGGGUUGGCGCACACUUAGCUUUGUACUUUCCACUGACUUGGAAGGGAGAGUUUUCUCGGAUGCACUACUGAUAUCCUCAAGAGAAUUGAAAUGGAAUAUUCUACAUGUAGCGUGGCUGUCUGGAAAUGAAAAUACCACUGAGCUAGAAUCUCAUAUCAAAAUGGUCAUGAAUAACCAAAGUGAUGCAGUCAUUGUCCACGUUCGCGACACAUACAAUGAUGAUUUGUUCCGAAUAAUCCAAGCUCAAGGUGUCAGUCACCUCAAAGCUUCGUGGGUGCUGACAGACAUUACUACACUUGGGGUAUCGGACAACGAAGUACUACCCACCGGUUUUAUCAGGAUAUCUCCUUGGAAAAUUCUACAACAUGACUUUAUGGAGGAUGCUCUGUACGAUGUGUUUCGGUUGAUAACAAAGUCGGUAACCUCCACCGUCGCUAACACAGCUGAGGGACACAUAUCAAUUGAUCAGUCUGAUAAAAAAAUAGACUUCCAGACGGCACAAAAGUUGAAGAAGAAACUGAAAGACACUUUCUUCCCAGGGAAGUCGUCCUUACUCGAAGAUCCUAAUCUAUCUAAAGGACCAUUUGCUACCAUGAGUAUUUUUAAUCUACAAGAAGAUGUUUCUGGAGACAAACAUUGGAUAUCUGUGGGUCUAAGGACAUAUUCAGGAACGGCAUUAGAGACAUUUCUCACUCCAAAUGGAUAUCACAUUUCCCCAAGUGUUACAACUCCAAGACCCAUUGUGCGGGUUCCUGUGGUUUCGUAUCCGUCCUGGGUAGAUUCCGAGACGCCACUGGACACUUCAGAGAGUAACGUUUCGUGCAUGAAGAGAGGCUACAUGUGUUGGAACAAAACAGACACAGGAGUUGUCCAGCUUUGUUGCUUUGGAUUUUCCAUCGACUUGUUGAGAACUCUUGAACAACAGCUUGGCUUCGUUCCCGAGAUUUACCUCGUUUCCGACGGUCAGUACGGCACUAUUGAUGAGGAGACGGGAAAGUGGAACGGAGUUAUGGACGAAUUGGUUUCGGGAAGAGGUGAUUUGGCCUUAGACUUGGUGAUGACUGGGAGAAGGUCAAAAGAAAUCUCAUAUUCAAUUCCAUAUCUUCCUCUUGCGCUGAAUAUCCUAGUGAAGAAAGAUGGACCGCUUAAAAAUGGUAAUGCUUUGCACUCUUGGUUACAGCCGUUUAGUGUCUACUUGUGGGUGGCCAUAUUGGGAACAUGUAACCUCAUUUUACUGGUAGUCUGGUGGCUGGAUAGAAAAAGUCCAACAGGUCAUCAUCGUACUUUUAAGAAGACUGACGAGAAUGGAUUUACGAUGUUAGACGCCAUGAGCUAUGUUUGGGGCGUGGCAUUCAGCAAAGACAUUGGAGCAGAGAGGACCCCUCGCAGUAUCAGCGCACGAUGUGUGUCCACAGUAUACGCGUCUGUGGCUUUGAUCCUUGCUAACACAUAUUGUGCUAACUUAAUGGCUUUUUUGGUUCAGGAUCACUAUACCUUGCCAAUUGAUGGAAUCACAGACCCCAAGUUGAUAGACACUUCCUUUCAUCCACCGGCUGGGUUUCAGCUUGGUAUUCUGAAAGGUUCCUAUUCUGAGGCGUAUUUCAGAAACCAUAUAAAUGAUGAUAUCCAGCAAUUAUACGAGACCAACAUCAAAAAGAAUCUGCUGAGCAGUUUCACUGAAGGAAUAAACAGACUUGAAAACGGUGAAAUCGAUGGUUUCGUCGACGAUUAUCUAUCAUUGAGAAAGGCCAACAACAAGAUUGCGAAUUGCCAUUUUGGAUUGGCUGGACCAAAUUUCUACACCUUUGGGUUAGGAAUCGCUAUGCCUAAAGAUUCUCCUUGGCUGGAAGAGAUCAACAAAGUUAUCUUCGAAAUGAAUCAAAACGGGACCAUUGACAUGCUGGAAAAGAUGUACUUUGAUGAACAGAUGUGCUCUUCUUCGAUCGCUAAGAGACUCAGUGUCUUGAAUUUAAGCGGCCUUUUUCUGGCUCUGGCUGUAACCAUUGGCUUCUGCUUUCUAGCCCUUUUAGUAGAGGUGCUGGUGAUAUUUGCGUUGGUGAAAUUUAGGCAUCAUUUAGGAGCCCUAGGAAAGUGUUCUGUACGAUUGUUGUUUGACGUUGAGAAAGGCGAAGAACAUCUUAUAAUGCUGCAGUAUUCCUCUGAAAAGAAAAGAAAGUGUGUUCAGAUGGAUGUGGUCAAAAUCAACGCUUCGACUCAAGAGGGGAAGCGAGACUCCAUUAAAACAGUGACUUCUUUGGGAACACCUCCGUUAGAGAGAAGUUUUGAGGCAGCCGAGAAAAGAACACGAGAUUUAGCUAACGGAUCCUUUGUUUCUAACCUUACCUCUGAUAGUAUGCUGACUUCGUUUACAAACGAUGGUUGCUAUGGCGACAAUUUAACUCCCUCAGUAACGCCCCUUUGACGGUUUAACGAAACACAUUAGAAUCGUACAAUCCCAGAGCCAUUUGAAGAGAGUAAAAAGGACUCUGGGAACGAGAAUAAUAAGAGUCCCAGGUAUAAACAGAGGAGGCUUGAAAUCGUUCCGAAAGGUUGGCGUCACUUUGAUAAAUUAAGCGCUUUUAUAAUUGUGAAAUGUUCAGCAGGCAACCGUGGACGAUACUCCUACUCUUGUACGUUGGAUUAGC